AUCACAUCCAAGGGGCGGGCCUUACGAGGUAUCAUACCCAGCUUGCUUUUGACAACAAGACCCACCAGAAAAACACUCCAACAUCUUUUUUUGACGUCUUUUUGCUGACUUCUUUAUUUGCUGACAAAACGCCUUAAGACUUUCGGGUGGAGGAUGGUAGCCGAGUACCAGCGCCCUCUGGUGGCGGUGAGCUGUAUACUACUGUGGCAUGCAGCAGGUGUUCUGUCCAUGCCAGACCCUAGGACCAGAGAGGCUCUCAUACAGCAGGAGGCCUCCCAGCAGACCGGGGGACAAGUGGUGCUGACGGACCUGGAGAAACUUCUAGACGCCCGGUUGUCUGAAAUGAAACAAGAGGAAAUGAGGAAGGUACAUUUCCCUCCGUCGAUGCACUUCUUCCAGGCUCGACAGUUCAUCCGAAGCAGCCCCAUUUUCAACCUGCUGCAGAAAAUGCCCAAAGGUGGAGCGCUGCACGUGCACGACCUCGCUAUGGGGGAUCAUGAAUGGCUGGUGAAAAACGUGACGUAUCGACCCAACUGUUACAUGUGUGUCACUGACAAACGCUCGAUCCGUUUUAUCUUCUCGUCGGGGAGGCCUGAACCUUUACAACAUUGUUCCGCAUGGAUGCUGCUGGAAAAUCUCAGGAGAAAAAUGGGCGACGUCACUGAUCUGGACAACAGCAUCCUGGCCAACCUGACCCUCUUCACCGAUGGCAAUCCCGCAGCUUUGUAUCCCAACCAGGAUGUGGUCUGGGAGAAGUUUGAUCUAGCCUUCAAUGCUGUGAGAGGUCUGAUCACGUACGCUCCCGUCUUCAGAGACUAUUACUACAACGGUCUCAAACAGUUCUACAUGGACAACGUCAUGUACGUGGAACUACGUGCUUUACUGCCUCAGACAUACGAGCUGGACGGCAGCACUCACGACUCGACGUGGGCUCUGAAAGCCUACCGUGACGUCACUAAGGACUUCAUAGGCGACCACCCAGACUUCUUUGGAAGCAGAUUCAUCUUUAUCGUUCCAAGGAACAUGGAUGAAUCUGCAAUGAGGGGAGUUAUGGAGUAUGCCAUGAAGCUGCAGAGAGACUUCCCAGAUUUAAUGGUUGGCUUUGACUUGGUAGGUCGUGAGGAUAAAGGAAAUCCACUUUGGUAUUUCCGAGAGGCCUUAUCAUUGCCAGCAGAAAGGGGCGUGACACUUCCCUUCUUUUUCCACGCUGGAGAGACAAAUCUGGAGGGCACAGACGUUGACCAGAACCUGCUGGAUGCUCUUUUGUUUAAUACAUCACGAAUCGGCCAUGGGUUUGCUCUGACUCGCCAUCCAUUGGCCCGAGAUCUUUCUAUGAAGAGAGGCGUGGCUGUGGAAGUAUGUCCCAUUUCCAACCAGGUUUUGAAGCUGGUAGAAGACCUGCGAAACCACCCAGCUGCGAUGCUGAUGGCCCAGAAUCACCCAGUGGUCAUAAGUUCUGACGAUCCGGCCAUGUUUGGUUCGUCCGGCCUCUCCUACGACUUUUACGAGGCUUUUGUGGGCUUCGGUGGGCAAAAGUCCAAUGUGGGGACCCUCAAACAACUGGCCAUCAACUCCAUUCUGUACAGCUCGUUGAGCCCAGAGCUGAAGAACAAAGCUCUGGACAUGUGGCAGCGAAAAUGGGACAAAUUUGUUUCUGAGUGCUUUAUCGAAACAACGCUGCGGUUAUGACAAUUUUUUUGCACUUAUGCCACAAUGCUUCCUCUAAAGACUCUUAAUAGUGUUGCUGUGCCAUGAGCAGGUAGGGAAGUUGUAUGUUUGGUGCUACAGUAUCCUGGACAUUCAUUGACACAGUUCACUGGUGGAUGAAAGCUCUGUGACCUCACCAACUUUAAAUGCUGCAUACGUUCUUUUUUGCUAAAGUCUUAACAUCAGAUUAGUGACGUUACCAACAUUUUUUGGGGGGGAGCUCAUCUUCUCCGUGUUACAUCUGAGUGUACACCAUCUCUGUUUUUGUAUGUUUAUGUUCAGGGGAAACUCCGUUAUCACUUCACAAAUAUAAUUUAAUAGUUUCAACCCGUUCUUUCACUAAUGUUUACAAGAUUCCGAGAUGUUGCGAUUGCGCCAAUCAAUCAAUGCCUAUGUAUUUUGGGGCCUGUUCUCCCAUUUGCAUUAAGGUGUAUUUUUAAAGCGCUUGAAGUUACACACAUUUCUCUUAUUCGUCCUCCCCAUCCAGCCUGCGUACACGCCCACACUGGGUAAUUUAGGCAAAGGUGCCUUAGUCAGGAAUGAAGGUGGCUCAUUAUUAAUAACAUGCCAUUUUUUUAUUGGCUGUGAGAAAAUCAUCAAACAGGGAGUUUUACUGACACUUGAAAUCCAUGAAAAAGAUAACACUUUACAGGCCUACUGAAAUGAUUUUUUUUUAUUUAAACGGGGAUAGCGGAUCUAUUCUAUGUGUCAUACUUGAUCAUUUCGCGAUAUUGCCAUAUUUUUGCUGAAAGGAUUUAGUAUAGAACGACGAUAAAGAUCGCAACUUUUGGUAUCUGAUUAAAAAAAAAGGCUUGCCCCUACCGGAAGUAGCGUGAUGUAGUCAAUUGAACAUAUACGCAAAGUUCCCUAUUGCUUACAAUGAUGGCCGCCAGAAGUGAGAGAGAUUCGGACCGAGAAAGCGACGAUUUCCCCAUUAAUUUGAGCGAGGAUGAAAGAUUUGUGGAUGAGGAAAGUGCAAGUGAAGGACUAGUGGGGAGUGGAAGCGAUUCAGAUAGGGAAGAUACUGUGAGAGCCGGGGGUUACCUGAUAUUCAGCUGGAAAUGACUAAAACAGUAAAUAAACACAAGACAUAUAUAUACUCUAUUAGCCACAACACAACCAGGCUUAUAUUUAAUAUGCCACAAAUUGAUCCCACAUAAUAACACCUAGGUGUUUGUUAUGCUAGCUCCUAGCUACUAGCUCGAGCUAGUUAUAGCUCGAGCGGUAUAUGGACGGGAUCCUGUCCAUAAAAUCCGCCAAUACAAUUCAAACACCUGCACAACACACACACUCACUCAGCCCAAAGGACCGUUCACCUAACUAAAGGUUCAUAAAGCUUAUAUAUUUAACCAAAGUUACGUACGUGACAUGCACGUACGGGCAAGCGAUCAAAUGUUUGGAAGCGCGCGGGUGGGACCUGAUAUUCAGCUGGGAAUGACUACAACAGUAAAUAAACACAAGACAUAUAUAUACUCUAUUAGCCACAACACAACCAGGCUUUUAUUUAAUAUGCCACAAAUUAAUCCCGCAUAACAAACACCCAGGUGUUUGUUAUGCUAGCUCCUAGCUACUAGCUCGAGCUAGUUAUAGCAAGCGAUCAAAUGUUUGGAAGCGUACUCACGGUAUCGCGUCUGCGUCUGUUAACGAAGUCAAAGUCCUCCUGGUAAGAGUCUCUGUUGUCCGAGUUCUUCGAUCUUGACUGCAUCUUUCGGGAAUGUAAACAAUGAAACACCGACUGUGUUGUGUUGCUGACUUCCCUCGCAAAAUACUCCGCUUUCUUCUUUGCUUGCUCAGCUUCUUUCUCCAUAAUGCAAUGAACAAAUUGCAACAGAUUCGCCAACACAGCUGUCCAGAAUACUGUGGAAUAAUGAGAUGAAAACAGAGCUAUUUCGUAUUGGCUUCAAUGGGGAAGCCAUACCUCUGUUAAACUGGCUACGUCACGCGCAUACGUCAUCCUCAAAGGCGUUUUGAACCGGAAGUGUGGCGGGAAAUUUAAAAUUGCACUUUAUAAGUUAACCCGGCCGUAUUGGCAUGUCUUGCAAUGCUAAGAUUUCAUCAUUGAUAUAUAAACUAUCAGACUGCGUGGUCGGUAGUAGUGGGUUUCAGUAGGCCUUUAAAUGUGAAAAGGUCGAUUUAACCGUAUCUGUGUCGCCAUGGUGAUGUGCUUUAUAUAUGCAGGCGACAACAGCGUCUUCUUUCUGGCUAGAUAUACUGUAACUCCGUAGAUUAAACGGAUGUUAAGAGUUCUGUUUAGUACAAAUGUUUGUGAAGCCGUGACGCAUCAAAGGGUGUAUUUGUGUGUGCAUGCAAAUCACAGCAUGACAGCUGACAGUUUGGCAUUAACUGUCAAAAAACACCCGAAUCAGUUGAUUAUAAUUGAUAACAUAUUUCUGUUAUUAUGCUUGCGACAUUCUUGUUGAUCAUAUGUGUUUAGUAAAGCGAUUGUUGAGCUGCUCCUCUGCCUUUUUAUAGCGUUUGAUAGAUACUAAUUCUAUUAAAUAGUCACAUAGUUCAAUGAUCACGGUCCAGCUGAAAUAGUUGUAUGUAUUAAACAUAUAACAUGUCACCUCGCGUUUAAUGCCGUGGUCGCCUCUCUCCACUUUUAUCCUCAUCUCACUAAAUACCUCAAUUGAAGCAAUCAGAAUAUAUUUGAUAGUUUUCUGGAAGUUUCCUUUAUUAUUUUAUUACAUUGCAGCCUCAGAAGCGCGUAAGGAAAAUAAGUAUUUAAGUCAAUGGGAGAUUGGGAAGGCCUGAUUUGACAGGAGACUCCUACAUUUUUAAGGGCUGUUCCACCCAAAGUGCAUAUCUUGGAUGAAAGCGCGCAGUGACAGACUUAAGUUUAGGGGGAGAAUGCUACAUAGCCAGAAUCCACAAAAAUGUGUGCACUUUUUUUUCGGGAAAGUAGGGCCAUUUUUUCUAAUCCCCUUCCAUUUCCCUUUCACGUUUUGGCCUAUCGUCGUCAUUUUUGGCCACCACGAAUCCUUAAAUAGCGCUCAAAGUGACCCAGCAUCCACUGUUUGUCGUGUAGACAAAUCAGGAACAGCUGAUCACCCCCUGCAGUACUGGAGGGGAACAGUAGCACCUGACACAUUAUGACUUUUCAUUCAAACAAAUCAGACGUAUUUAAGUUUGUUCCGCACUUUGUUGAAUGCUGGUGUAGUUGUGCCUUACAAUGAGGGGAUAUAUUGCCACUGUGUUUUUAUGUGGGCGGAUGUUUUUGAAUGUCAUUGUUGUCUAAGGUUUUUGGGGAAACAUUUUUUUUUUAGUGUGGUUCCAUGUAGUAUUUGUGUGUGUACUUUGCUUGUAUGUUUUAACAUGUGAAAGUGUUGUAUUUUAAAUUUACAUUUCUUAGUAAUUUUGUCACAUUGAUUGUGGCAUGUGUUAAUAAAUCGUAAUUGUGUUUU